ACCUUAAUCCUAAAACGUAGAAGAAGAAACCAACCGGAAGUACACGGUCGCAACAUCCGCAAGCGAAACACAGCUACAGUAGCUAGCGAUUGGUGUUACAUAUCUAGUUAAGAUUUUCCUCGAAGCAUGUCUGAAAGAAAAGUUUUAAACAAAUACUAUCCCCCAGACUUCGACCCUUCAAAAAUCCCAAAGCUCAAACUCCCCAAAGAUCGUCAGUAUGUUGUCAGAUUGAUGGCUCCAUUCAACAUGAGGUGUAAGACGUGCGGAGAGUACAUUUACAAGGGGAAGAAGUUUAAUGCUCGCAAAGAGACUGUUCAGAAUGAGCUGUACAUGGGACUUCCCAUCUUCCGGUUCUACAUUAAGUGUACUCGUUGCUUGGCAGAGAUUACCUUCAAGACUGAUCCUGAGAACACUGACUAUGCCAUGGAACACGGUGCCACAAGGAACUUCCAGGCAGAGAAACUGAUUGAGGAAGAGGAGAAGAAGAUACAGAAGGAGAGAGAAGAGGAGGAACUGAAUAACCCCAUGAAGGUUCUGGAGAACCGAACACGGGACUCUAAAAUGGAAAUGGAGGUUUUGGAAAAUCUUCAGGAGCUGAAGGAACUGAACCAGAGGCAGGCCCAGGUGGACUUUGAGGGAAUGAUUGGCCUGUACCGAGACCUGGAGCAGAGAGAAAAAGAGCGUGAGAAAGAGGAGGAUGAGAGAGAUACCAGAGAUAUGUUGGAGCGAGCUCUGGUUAAGAGACUGAGAGACUCAGAUUCUGACCCAGAUGAGGAGAACAGCAGAACUAAACCAAAGAGACCCAGCACAGACAAGCCUACUGACAUCCUGACCACAGACAAACCCACAGAUACACAGGGGCCCUCUGGAGGGGUGAAGAAGCCUAAAGUGGAGAGCUGGGAGCGGAGUGUGGGAACCCUGGGUGGUGGAGGAGCUUUGGGAUCACUGGUUGUGAGGAGGAAACCAGUGGGUGAUGUUGUUAGCAAAGCUGGGUCAACUGGCCCUCCAGCAGCCACGUACUCCCACCCAGUCUCAACAACUGUUCCACCUGCUGCCCCAGCUAAACUGUUCGCCACACAGAAUGGGUCAUCUCUCAGCCUUGUAGGGGCAUAUUCUGACAGUGAUGACAGCGAAUGAGAACAGAGGAGAAACUGAUAAGGGCCUAGUGAAACAUGCUCAUCCCUGGACUUCCCAAACAGCAUAUAUGUUGUGGUUUUAUCUUGUUAUGAAAGUCAACUGUCUAGUGUCCAUGUAAUCAAGGUGUUUUUUUGGCCCUAAACUGUUAAGAUUAAAUCUUGAAAAUGCAAUAUGGGUGGGGAAAGGUGCCUGCUGUUACAUACCUGGUGUGCACUGGUCUGCGUCUUGUUUGAAUCAGACCAAAGUUUGGGGUUUGGUGUUUUCACUUUGGUUUGUGGAGAUGUGUCAACAAAAGAGAUGCUUCUGUACAUCAAACACUAAAGAAACCUGAGAUCAGCCCUUUUGGAUUUGAUACACAUAGUCCUUACCCAAACCUGUAAACCUGGCAUGCAUUUGUUGGGAUUAAAAAAUUAAGUAAAUCUGUGGUUCUCAAAUCCUCAUUAUCCAUAUAAAAUGUUAUGGCCUUGUUAAGCAGAAAAGUGUAUUCAAUGUCAAAAUAUUUUUUUAUUGUAGUAAUUUUAAACUGCGAGCGUUGACUUGUAUAGAGAAACUAUCAACAACCACUCAAUUAGCCUAUAGAUAUAUCAUCGCGGGCACAGUGCCCGUGAUGUCGGUGACACAGAUUUCUGGAAUUAUAGAUAGUGCAGUGUCUGAUGCAGCUGGUGAUGACAGUUAUCAGUGGUUUUGGUACCUAUAUUUCUCAGAUCACAAGUUUCUGUCAUCUCUGAAGUACCCAAUCAACCACAUCUAUUCUCGUCAAAUUGACAAUGCUGUGGUAGCCUACAUUCAUGCAAAUGAUUAUGUAGCCUUCAUUUGUCUGCUGUUUCCCAUGUUAUGAAUUGCUGAUGUUAUGUUGAUUAAAAU